AUGCUUUUCAAACCAAUUGCCAGCUUGCUUUUCCUCGGCUAUGCCAACGCUGCCAUUGUGGUGUCGCUGGUCAGCACCAGUGGAGUCACUGUUCCUUACAACGUGGAUCCUGAUGGCAGUUGCUUCUCCCUGAAUGGCGGUAGUCUUACGCAGUUCAACGACCAUCUCCAGCAAAUGGAGAUUCCCAGUGGCUAUGAAUGCACAAUCUGGGAGAACUUCAAUUGUAAUGGCAAACACACUAACGCUCUCAUCGGCUCUCCGCGUAUUGCUGAAGUCUGCCCAAAGCUUACUUGGAACUGGGCCUUGGCGGCGUCAUCUUUCAGGUGCUGCAAAACGACGUCUAAUGGAAGUUGUGGGUCUAUUAGCGACAACUAG